UCAACCAGCAGCCUUUUGAUCCAAAAUCUCAAAACCCAAAAAGGGGAGGAGAAGGAAAAGAAGAAAAAGAGGGAGAGAGAGAGACAGAGAAAGGCAGCAAAAGAAAAGGAAAAGCCCUAAUUUUGCUGUCUUUGUUGUGAGAUUCGUGGAUUAGGCGGAGGAGGAGGAGGAGGAGGCAGCAGAAGAAUCCUACCUUUUUUGGUCGUCUCUCUUUUGUUUUUAUCUUGUCUCUAUCGCCAUAGAUUCGGAGGGGGAAGGUGGAGUAAGAUGAGCGAUCUUGAUAGUCGCUGACUUGUUUUCGUCGUGCUGAGCAGCGACGGCCUACUGCUCGCCGGCAGCCAUGGCCAAACGGGUUUAUCAAGCUUGGAAAGGGAACAAUAGCUUCUUGUUAUGUGGGAGGUUAAUAUUUGGACCUGAUUCCAGGUCGCUGUUUGUCACUGUUGCACUCAUCGUUGUUCCUGUAGUGAUCUUUUGUGUAUUUGUUGCAAGAAAUCUUCUCCAUGAGUUUCCUGCCUAUGAUGCAGGAUAUGCAGUUCUGGUGGUUGCAAUAGCCUUCACUAUCCAUGUGCUGUUACUGUUACUGAUGACUUCAGCUCGAGAUCCGGGUAUUGUACCACGUGCUUCACAUCCACCAGAGGAAGAAUUUUCUCAUGAUACUUCAACUCAUUCUGAAAUUGGUGGGAGGCAUACACCCAGUUUAACAUUUCCACGUAUAAAAGAAGUAAUGGUAAAUGGGAUACCUGUGAAAGUGAAAUAUUGUGAUACUUGCAUGAUCUAUCGGCCUCCUCGUUGCUCUCAUUGCUCCAUAUGCAAUAACUGUGUGGAACGAUUUGAUCAUCAUUGCCCCUGGGUUGGGCAAUGCAUUGGGCAGCGCAAUUACCGCUACUUUUUCCUGUUUGUGUCUUCCUCAACUCUUCUUUGCAUAUAUGUAUUUGCAAUGUGUGCAUUGUACAUCAAAUUUCUCAUGGAUGAAGAUUAUCCUACAGUAUGGAAGGCAAUGAAACAUUCUCCUGCAUCAGUGGUACUAAUGAUAUAUUGUUUUGUUUCUCUCUGGUUUGUUGGCGGUCUCACUGGGUUUCAUCUAUACCUAAUUGGCACUAACCAGACCACCUAUGAAAACUUCCGAUACAGAGCUGACAACAGGGUUAGUGCAUUUGAUCGAGGUUGUUUGAGCAACUUCAUCGAGGUACUCUGCACAGAGAUCAAACCUUCUAGAAGCAAAUUUAGAGCAUAUGUACAAGAUGAAAUCCCAAGACCUCCCCCAGUUGGUCGCACACGGGAUAUGGAAGAAGAACCAGCCAGUAGUCCACGUGUAAAAGUUGAAGAUGACCUUGAUAUCGGAGGGGAUCUCUUGAAAAUUUCUCGACGUCGUAAUUAUGAAGAAGUCGAUGAGGAGAUGGGUGGUAGAAACAGCAAUGGCUUGCAUCAGGCCCUCUCGGAGUCCGAGCUUAUGGUGGAUUCCGAGACAGAGAUUCCUGUUAUUAGGACUGAAACGAAGAACUCAAGUCGUGGUAGGAGAAGCGGGAGCUGGGAUCUCUCACCUGAGGUUUUAGCUGCAAGCUCUUUAGCAGCUGAAGGCGAUAUACCAUCAUCUCAAAAGCCUGUGCCGUAGCAAAGCACACGUAUCCCAUCAUCUCAAAAUGAGCAGAAUUCGAGCCAAAAGAAAGGGAAAGGCAUCUGCAAGCUGCCUGACCUUUCAGGUUUAGGAAGCAAUCUGCCUCAUUGCUGCCUGAUGUGUAUCUACUUGUAUUUGGUGUUUGGUUGGAGGAAUUUGAAAGUGAUAUGCUGUGUCUUCUGUUUAUCUCACCAUGUUAUAUAUAUAAUGUCUUCUGAUUCUUCUCGAGUCUCUCAACAUUCUUUCUGUAACCAACUGCUUUUGAUAUGCAGAAUGUUGGAUAUAGUUUUCUUUUCCUCA